GCACGUGUUUGACGUCCUGAAUUUGGAUGUUAUUCUAUUCUAUUGGAUAUGCUGAAUGUAAUUUGUAUAAACAUAGAUUUGAAAUACUUUUGAGAUUAAUGAUGUUAUUUGUGUAAAACUGAAAGCUGUAUGGAAGAAAAGGAGUCGUCAGUCACUUACAAAUUCCGAAGUUGAGAAGUGCUCUAUUAUACAUCUAGGUUAAAUCCAGGAUAUGGCAAAUCAUACAGUGAUCCUGUUACUUGACCAUGUGCGAGCCAAGAGACCCUAUAUUCGUACAGUGUCAAAGUGGGUGCAGGAGUUGGGUCUGAGGGGAGCUUUCAUAUUCCAGUGGAAACUGAUUCUCCUUCUGCUGCAAGGGCAGACUGAAGACAUUAUGGAGUAUCUAUCCCGCCAUCGGACACAGUGUAUUGAUGUGGAUUCCAAGGGCAGGAAAUGCAAGGAGCGAAUGAUGACUGUCAUUGCUGAAGUGCAGGGCCCUCCAAUUGAAGACAGAUUCGUAGUUCAGGAGCUGAACUCUGCAGAUGAAUUAAAGCGCUUCUUCAUAGAGGCUGGACUCAAAGAUAUAUAUGAGUCAUAUGUGAGACAACUUUCAGAGUAAACUUUGUAGUUGUAGAAUUUUGUAUUUUACAUACAAUAUGCAAAAUUUUGAUGAAAGCUAUGUUGAGGAUCACUGUUUGUAGCUGAACAUGACAGGUGCCAGAUGCCAGGUCUCUGUGGCAGCUAAUAAUCUCUUAGAGUCGUGAGUUUUAUAUUCACGCACUAAAGGACGUUAAAGUUUACAGUUCUCAGUUGCUGUGUUAUGAUGUCGACCACAACCUCAGUGGAGGAUGAACCAAAUGCACCUGUCUUCAAACUGUGGUAUCAGUCAGUUGAAAUGCAGGACCAUUAUAACGAUUAUAAGUGAUGAUUUGCGAUAAAUCACAGCGAGUUAUCAUGUUGCACUGUAAGUAAUAUUGUUAUGAACACUUGGCUGAAGAAUGAUUUUUUACACGUGCUUUGAGUCUUUGUCAAGAUAUCAAAGCUUGUUGAAUUUUAUCACACAUCAGAUGCUGAUAAAUACCACUGGACAUUCAAAGAUAACUAUUCAAGGAUAUCUUCUUGUUUUCUAUGUUUUAAGUUCUGAUAAUGUGUAUUUUGUAGUCACUGAUUAAAAAUGAUC